AUGUCCACUGCAGCAGCUCCAGAUUCUCCUGUGAGCGCCGCCGUCUCGGCAGCCAACGUGCCGCUGGUGGACAAAAGGUGCCCCGAGGUUGUGGAGAUGGGAUGUGGCAGUGAAGGUCGCUGCAGAGGUGACCAGACCGGUCCUGCUGGUGAAGAGACGCCCGUGCUUCCACCCGGAAACAGGCACACCUUUGACACGAUCGUUGAGUCCCUCCAGGCCCUCGACAGGUAUUGUAGAGAUCUGUAUAGCAUCGAGUUGUCCAUUGGCCCACUUGCUUUUCUACCCAGCUCUCCGCUGUUCUCAGUGAUGGUGGUACUUCGGCAGCUGAUCGUUCGGAACGUGCGGCCAGCGGACGCUGCCGUCUCAGCUGGGCUAAUGGCAGUGUUUCCAUCGCGUGGUUUGUAA